AUGGGCAUUGACAGGACGUCUAAGAUGUUUGUUCAUGCGAUUCGGGCUAUUAGUUUGAUGAGUGUAGAGAAUUGGGAGGUGAAAUUGGAGCUCUUUAAGAGUUUGGGGUUUUCGGAAGAUGACAUUUUGUCAAUUUUUAGAAGGGUGCCUCUGGUGUUUUCUGCGUCAGAGAGGAAAAUUAAGGCGAUAACACAGCUUUUCCUUAGCACUGGCAAAUGUGAUAUCUCAUAUGUUGUUAAGAACCCAGAUUUACUUUGUUGCAGUGUUGAAAAUAAGUUUAAGCCACAGCUAAGAGUUCUGGAGGUUUUGGAAAGCAAUAAUUUGCUUCUUAAAAUGCCAAGUUUGGCACCUGCAUGCAGGAUCACUGAUAAGAAGUUCUAUGAGAAAUAUGUACUCCCUUAUUCAAAUGAAGUUGGCGAAUUAUUCGUGGUUAAGAAGGCCUCAUAG